GGCGCGGAGACGCAAUACUUCCAGAGCCAGAUUCACCGGAUAGCAGCUGGUCUGGCAACAUAUGCACCAUAGCCCCGUCGUUUGGUUAGAGGCAGCAACACGAUAUUCAGCGGGUUACUUAUCAUAUACCAUUAUACAUCUCUAUAUACUUUAUUGUUUGAUAACGGGGAAACUCCGACUGUUCGUCGGACGGACGAUCUCCGGUGGCAAGCGAGGUUACAGUCACUUCCCCGCAUAAUGUCGAUCGUUGAGAAUAAAGGAUCGGGGAGAAGACACUUAUUUAAGACAUUUUUAAGAAUAAAGGAAACAGGGGGUGUAUUACUGCUGCGCCAUGGCUCCCAACGCAGGCUUCGGCCUGGUGAUGCAGAAUCCGUAUCUAUGCGGCGUGGCUUCGUUCUCGACCCUCGGUGGUCUGUUGUUCGGCUACGACCAAGGAGUCAUCAGCGGCGUCAUCACCAUGGAGUCGUUUGCAGCUCUGUUCCCUCGAGUCUUCUCUGACAGCGGAUUUAAAGGCUGGUUUGUAUCCACGCUUCUCUUGGCUGCAUGGCUUGGCUCCCUGAUCAACGGACCUGUGGCCGACCGGUUGGGUCGAAAGCUGUCCAUUAACCUGGCAGUUGUUGUGUUUAUCAUUGGGUCUGCUAUCCAGUGCGGCGCAGUGAACAUCCCGAUGCUGUUCGUUAGCCGGGCGAUUGCUGGGCUGGCAGUCGGUAUGCUGACCAUGGUGGUGCCACUGUACAUCUCCGAAGUUUCCAUCCCUGAAAUCCGUGGGGGCCUUGUUGUGGUCCAGCAAUUGUCGGUGACCAUCGGUAUCCUGAUCAGCUACUGGAUCGAUUAUGGCACCAACUACAUCGGUGGCUCGCGAUGCGCCCCAGAUCGUCCUUACACUGGGGGCACGACAGCCAAACCCGCCUUCGACCCAUACAACGAUGUCCCAGCAGGCGGGUGCACCGGCCAGUCCGAAGCUUCGUGGCGUCUCCCAUUAGCCAUCCAAAUUGUCCCUGCCUUGGUCCUUGGUGUUGGCAUGCUCUUCUUUCCAGAUUCCCCUCGCUGGCUGCUGAUGAAGGAGCGCGACGAUGAGGCCCUCUCGGCCCUCUCGCGACUCCGUCGACAACCCCGCGACAGUCUCCCUCUGCAGAACGAGUACCUGGAGAUCCGGGCGUCGAUCAUGCUUGAAAAUACCUUUGCUCGGGACAGAUUCCCUAAUGUAUCCGGGGUUAAACUCCAUGCUGCUCAGUAUAUGUCGUUGGUCACAACGUGGGCACACUUCAAACGGCUGGCUAUUGGAUGUUGCGUGAUGUUCUUCCAGCAGUUCAUGGGCUGCAAUGCGAUGAUCUACUAUGCGCCCACGAUAUUCGGCCAACUUGGCCUCGACGGCAACACCACCUCGCUCCUUGCCACCGGUGUCUACGGCAUCGUCAACUGUCUCAGCACCCUGCCAGCUCUUCUCUUCAUUGACAAGGUUGGUCGGCGGGUUUUACUAAUGGCCGGUGCUACCGGGACCUGCAUUUCUCUGGUCAUCGUAGGUGGCAUCCUGGGGGGUUACGGCGCCAGUCUGGUGGAUAACAAGUCGGCUGGCUGGGCCGGCAUCGCCUUCAUUUAUAUCUACGACAUCAACUUUUCGUACUCCUUUGCCCCUAUCGGGUGGGUUCUUCCUUCUGAGAUCUUCAACCUGUCAAUUCGGUCCAAAGCGAUAUCCAUCACCACGUCAGCCACCUGGAUGUGCAACUUCAUCAUCGGCCUUGUCACACCAGAUAUGCUCGACUCCAUCUCUUGGGGGACCUACAUCUUCUUCGCAGCCUUUUGCCUCCUGGCCCUGGCGUUUACAUUCUUCUGUAUUCCGGAGACCCGCGGCAAGACUCUUGAAGAUAUGGACCUCAUCUUUGGAGAUACGGCGGCGCACGAGGAGAAGCAGCGUAUCAAGCAUAUUGAGGCAGAGCUGCGAGGGGUGCCUAUUGAAGUUGAUGAGGGGUUGAAACCAGUUGAGCAGCAUACCGAGGUUGUGGAUUGAACCUAUACGUCCCAGGGUUUUUACUGCUUCUACGGGGGUGAUGCCGUUCAGAAGUAUUAUACGUGGGAGGGGCCUUUCUAUAUUCCAUAUGUCCAGUUGUGAUGUAAAACAAACACCAAUAUCGAAU